GACAAAUAGUUUGUCUCUGAUCGACGAAAGUUGUUAUGGGUUAUGGCUGAGUGACUUAUUUGACAGUCAUCAAAAUUUUAGUGAUAUAUUACAAGUUUCAAAUCAGUUCACCUCACGAUUUCAACAAAAAAUCAUACAGUUAACGGUAUCGACACGAAUUUUGGAAUUAUUCCAUAUUUAUUUUAAUUACGUCGUAACAUUUUAAGUUGAGUUGGAAUUAUUUUCAUUAGAAGGGAGACAUAAAUUUGGGUCCGUCUAUGUUUCUCAUAUAUAAAAACGAAAAUUAAAUAAAUACAUUACUAAACACAACAUAAUUUAGAAAUGGGUAGCGUUAGAUGCAGUCUUGCUACAGCUGGAAGGUAUGCCCUUGCUGCUAGAAAUAACAAGUUACAACAUGGCGUACUUUCAAUGAUCUAUAACACUGCUGUAGUUCAAAAAAAGGGAAUUUCAACUAGUGUUAUUGUAUUUAAAACUGUAGGAACAGGGGAACCACCGACAGGUCACAAUCCUCCUCCGCCACCUCUGUCCAAAGAUUCUAGCAACGGUAGCGGUAAAAAUAAAAAUACUUUAUCGUGUCCUAAAUGUGGAGAUCCUUGUACCCACGUUGAGACAUUCGUCAGUUCAACUAGAUUCGUUAAAUGUGAAAAAUGUCAUCAUUUUUUCGUUGUUUUGAGUGAAGUUGAUAGUAAAAAGAAGGAAGGCGUAGAUGCUAAAACGGGGCAAUAUAAGAAACCCCCUCCUCCGCCAAAAAAAAUUUAUGAUUAUUUGAACAAGCAUGUAGUCGGUCAAGAAUAUGCUAAAAAAGUUUUAUCAGUGGCAGUGUAUAAUCAUUAUAAACGGAUAUAUAACAACACCCCCAUUCAGACUAAUCUUCGUCAAGAUAUGGCCGUAAUGGAACACGGACCUCAAAAUAUAACUCAUAGGGGUAUGAACUUUGGGGGUUCCUUCGAAACGGCCCCACAGCAGAUUUCGAAAUCCGGUCAAGGUUCAGAGAUUUUAGACAAGACUACGCACGAUUUGAAAUUGGAGAAGAGCAAUAUUUUACUUUUAGGACCUACCGGAUCUGGUAAAACUUUGCUUGCUCAAACGAUAGCCCAAUGUUUAGACGUCCCUUUUGCAAUAUGCGAUUGUACGACACUAACCCAAGCUGGAUACGUCGGUGAAGACAUUGAAAGCGUCAUAGGAAAAUUACUUCAGGAUGCAGGUUAUAGUGUAGAAAAAGCACAAAUCGGUAUAGUGUUUUUAGAUGAAGUAGACAAAAUUGGAGCAGUACCCGGCAUACAUCAAUUAAGAGACGUGGGAGGUGAAGGAGUACAACAAGGUAUGUUGAAAAUGUUGGAAGGGACAGUAGUCAAUGUCCCCGAACGUAAUUCCCCAAGAAAAUUGAGAGGAGAAACUAUCCAAGUGGAUACAACGAAUAUUUUAUUCGUCGCCAGUGGGGCCUAUAACGGUUUGGAGAGAUUGAUACAAAGGAGAAAUAAUGAAAAUUAUCUUGGGUUUGGCGCUCCUGUUUCUACUGGAAAGGGUAGGAGAGCCGUAGCACAAGAAGCGACACUUCAUCAUUCGUCGCAAUCUGCAGAAGAAGAAAACACAGAAAAAGAUACCGCCUUAAGACAAGUACAAGCUAGAGAUCUCAUAGAUUUCGGAAUGAUACCUGAAUUCGUCGGUAGAUUUCCGGUGCUGGUUCCUUUCCAUUCGUUGGAUCAAAGUAUGUUGGUGCGCAUUCUAACCGAACCGAAAAAUGCUUUAGUGCCGCAGUACAAAAGACUCUUGUCUAUGGACAAUUGUGAUCUCACGUUCACCCCGGACGCUUUGAACGCAGUAGCGCAAUUAGCCAUGGAAAGAAAAACCGGAGCCAGAGGAUUAAGGGCGAUAAUGGAAUCGUUAUUACUUGAACCUAUGUUUGAAAUACCUGGUGCUAAUAUUUCCGAAGUGCACGUUACUGAAGAUUACGUGAGAGGUAAAGGUACUCCAGUGUACGUGAAAAAUCCGGAAGCUUCUUCGAAUCCGGAAACUAAUGAAGAAGACGAAUUCAACACGUCUAUAAGAGUAAAACAAUAAAAUAUCCAGUCAUUUUCACUUGCAGGGUUAUACAUGGAAUAUGAUUGGAAUGCUUGAUAUGGAAAGUGAUAUUUGGUAAUAUAUUGCCAAAACUCAUGAUAGGACAACCAAUUUCUUGUUUUCUCCCAUUCCUCGGAUGUCUGUGCUUCUGGUGCUCAAUUUUCAUAGUUUAUUAUGCAAUUUACUACUAAAUAGGGUAUGAAUAAUGAAAACAAAUCAAUAGUUUACCAACUUUUAUUAACAUCUGUAAACAAUUAUACAUAGAAAACGCCAAAAUAUAUCUAACACAUUCAGAGAUCUACAAUUAAUAUACAAAAAAUGUCAUGGUUUAAAUAAAUAUUAAUUCAUUCAAAUCUUCAUCAAUUUUUUUCCAUAUAUGAAAAAUUUCUUUAUAAUAAAGACUAUUUGCAGUUACUUUUCAGUAUUGUGAAAUUUUCAGUUUACAUUUUUCAACGUAAUUGUUGAAUUAUUUCAAUAAUUUUGGUAUGUGUUUAUUGAUGAUGAUUUGAAUGAUUCUAAUAACAUUAAUUACUAAAUAAAAAUCUAUUAUUACAUUUUUGGUUCUAGUUGUUUGUGCCCUUUGCUGAAAAUAGUGAUAAAAUAUUGCUAUAUAUAUACUAUAUAUAUGUAAAUAGAUAUUGUUUUAAGUACCCUUAAAAUAUUAAAUAUCACUUUUCAAAACCUAAAUCUUAUAUAUAUUUAAAAAAAAUCAAAAUAAAUAGACAAUGUUAAGACUAGUAAUGAUAGUUCAAAGUUUAUAUAUUAAAAAGGUUUAAAAAAUCACAAUUUUUCAUAUAAUCAAAAUUUCAUUGUACAAAUAGUGUAUCCAAUAAUUGUUACAAGAAAUUCGAGCUUUUCAAAAUUUCACCUGCCUUUUAAUUGGAGAAUAAUAAUCUAUGAUGAUUUAUUUUAAAAACUUGUGAUUUUUUAGACCUCUUUAUGAAUCUAUUUGAUAUACAGGGGGAGAAAUUGUAGUGGAAUAGACUGUAAGAAAAAAUACAAAAUUAAUAUUUAAAAUAAAUAAAUAAUACAACUCA